AUGGCCGACUACGACAGCGACUCCGAUAUUGGGGAGUUUACGGAGACAACAACCUUGCUAGGGUACGUCUCCAAGGACCCGGCCGAUGAUUCCAUUAGCCGCCUCGGUGGCCAGCCUGAAUGGCUAGACCCCCAGAAAGCCCCGUCUGCGGCGCUAGCGCGCUGCAAAGCUUGUGGCGACAUCAUGGCCAUGCUCCUUCAGCUCAACGGCGAACUCCCCGAAAAGUUUCCCGGCCACGAACGACGCCUUUUUGUCUUCGGCUGCAACAAGCCCAAGUGCCGUCGGAAGCCGGGGAGCAUUCGUGCCCUGCGGAGUCUGCGCGUGUCCAAGGAAGCUGCUGAAAAGGCGCGCACAGAGGCAGAAGCGACACGGAAAGCAGCCGAGGAGAAGAGGCUCCGCGAAGAGAAGGAAGCCGAGGAGAAGGCGAAGCAGCCUGGUUUGGGAGAGACUCUAUUUGGCACAAAGGGGCUCGGGGGCGGGGCCCUCACGAAUCCGUUCGCAAGUGGCGCCGGUGGCUCACCCGCGAAUCCGUUUGCCAGCGCACCCAAGGUAGCCGCUGCCACAGUGGCGACCGUCAAGGCGGCGGCGGAGGAGCUACCCAAGACCUUUGCCGAGACGCUGUCCCUGAACAACCCCAUCGCACAGAAGCCGCGAGAUCCCCUCCCGCCCCCGAGCCGUGGCCUGCGGCGACCGAACCCUCGACCCUACCCCGACGGCGGUGCCCGCCAACGCGAGAAUGGAGGUGGACAGCUCCGAGGGUGGCUCGUCCCUCAUAUCCAAGGACGACUUCGAGUCCACCAUGGAUGCCGCCUUCCAAAGUUUGCCGACCGCAUGGCCCAGAACCCGGAGCAGGUCAUCCGGUAUGAGUUUGCGGGCGCGCCUCUCCUCUACAGCAAGGACGACGAAGUCGCCAAGGUCCUCACUGGACGGCCGAACAUUCCUCGCUGUGGUGGAUGCGGCGGCGAGAGGACCUUUGAGCUGCAGCUUACCCCGCACGCCAUUACGGAGUUGGAGGCGGACGACAUGAGUCUCGAGGGUAUGGACUGGGGCACCAUCAUCGUAGGUGUGUGCGCCAGGGAUUGCCAGGAACACAGCGUCGAGGACAGUGAGGUGGGGUACCUCGAGGAGUGGGUGGGAGUUCAGUGGGAGGAGUUGGGGAAAUAA